AUGGGACACAGGCGGAACUCCUCGUGCCGCGGGGAAUUUCCUUUCUUCUCUCGUUACCGCAACGCUCUGAAUUCUACUGUUCGGAGGAAACGCUGUAACGGUCGAAUCCAUCGGAGCCACUAUGAUAGCCUCGCAACCCUCCUCCUACUCGUCGUGUAUUUCUCACCCACAGCACGUCGGCUCGGCGCCGCCGCGACGGCCGGCGCGGUAUUGGUCUCAGAUAAAAGCUCCCCUGGUUGCACCCUAUCGCCGUCAUCCGUGUCAUGCCCCGAGGGAUUUGCCGUGACGGACGGGGGCGAAGAUGGCGCCUUCGUUCUGAACGGCCGUGCUUAUAUUGCGGACGCGGACCGUGGAAGCGCCGCUCUCGUCCUGAGUGCGUCAGACGGCGGUAGUAGCCCAAGUAGCGCGGAGGCCAGUGAGGGGAGAUCCGCGGGUUCCGCAUUCACUUCCGCCGCGCUCUCGCCUCCGCUCAGCGGUGGAGGCUCGGCGCUCUCGUUUUCGGCGCGCUUCACGUUUCAGCUGGAGGGGCAGAACGAGGCUGACGUGGCAACGGGGCUUGCGCUCGUCAUCACUGGCGGACCCAACACCGCCGUCGGCCCGCCUAGCCUUGCCGGCUAUGGCGGCGCCGCCUUCAAUGCCAGCCUGGCAGUGGUACUAAGCGGCCGCCCGCCCAUCUCUGCCGGCGUGCUGCUGGGCGGCAAGACGGGCGGCGCUGGCAGAUGGGCGGCUCUCAACCCCUCGUCCCAUGACGCACCGCAUCUCCUAGUCCCCGGGGUGCAGCAGCACGCCUGGGUGGACUACGACGCCUCCCACUCCUCCCUUCUCCUGGUCCCGGGGGUGCAGCAGCACGCCUGGGUGGACUACGACACCUCCCUCGCCUCCCUCCGCCUCUUCCUCGGCGGCUCCUCCCCCACCAAGCCUGCAGCUCCGGUGCUCUCCGAGCCUGUCGACCUGGCUCGGGCGCUUGGCUUGGCACCAGAUGGCAGCUGCGCGGGCGGCGGGGGCGAGGUGGCGGUGGGCGGCGGUGGUUGUCUGUUUGUGGGGUUCACGGGAGGGACUGAAGCAACGGAUGAAGCUGAGAUGGCUGCAGCUGGGAUUGCAGAGGGAGUGGCCAGUAGAAAGAAAACAAUGCAAGUUAUAAUUCGCAUUUUCUGCGUUGGCUUCUCCUCUUCCUCCUCUGCUUCUCCCGGUCUCUACUCGCCCUUCUUCGUCCUCUCUGGGGAUGCUCAGGUCGGGCCCGGACCGAACUUCCCCAUCUGGCUCGACACAACCACCAAUGCUGCCGGCUGUGCCUUCUCCAUCCCGAGCCUCAGCCUCAGCCUUGGCAGUGGUCCGGUGGCGUUUGAGGCGGCGUUUUCGUUCUCGUUUGCAGCGAGUGCGGAUUACAACAGCUGGGGCAGUCGAGGGCUGGCCUUUGUGCUCACUGCCGGGGAGAAGACCGCCUGUGGCCGCAGCUCCGCCAGCAACAUUGGCUAUGGAGCAGCCCCCAACGCGCCCUUUGCUGGGAGCGUGGCAUUGGACAACAUCGGGUAUGGAUCGGCCCCCAACGCGUCCUUUGCAAAGAGCAUAGCGGUGGAGCUGAGGGCUCGGCCGACGGCGUGUGUGGCGGUGGUGGUGGGCGGGCUGGUGGCCGGCGACAACUGUGCCGACUCCGAUGCGAUGGCGCUGCUGCCGCCUGAACAGGCGUUCACGCUGAACGAGCCGCAGCACAUGUGGGUGAGUUACGACGGCAGCAGCGGCGUGCUGCAGGUGUUUGUCUCCCCAGGCGCGGCCACCAAGCCCACCGCACCUGUGUUGGUGGCGCCCAUCGAUGUGGCGGCGGUUCUGGGAGGCACGGCGGGGCUGUCGGUGGGCUUCACAGGCGCGUCGUGGUGGACGUGGGUGGACGACCUGGAAGACCACAUCAUCCACUCCCUGUCUUUUGAAGCUGUCACUCCCGGGUCCCAGCAGUCACUUCCGCCCUCCCCUGCGCCCACCACGUGCCACCUCGCCCCCUCCAACACGCGUCUCACCUGUUUGGGCUUUGCGGGCCGCUCAGCCUUCCGCCUAAACGGCUAUGCCCACGUGGGGCCCGCCCCCUCCUUCCCCCUCGUCCUCGACACCGGCGGCACCGCUGGCAGUGCGCUCACCCUCGCUGACCUGGCGCUCUCUCUGGAUUCGUCCACGUCAGCAGCAACAGCAGGGGGAGGAACAGGAAAAACAGCAGCAACAGCAGCAGGAAAAACAUCAGGAGAUACAGCAACAGCAGCAGUGGCGUUUGAGGCGGCAUUUGUGUUCUCGGUGUGGACGGAGACGUCGUAUGGCUACCGGGGCAGCAGGGGCCUGACGUUUGUCAUUAGCAGCGGAGACAAGACUGCGUGCGGGUCGAGCAAGAUGGGAGCCAUAGGGUACGGGGGAGCAGCGCCAGGGGCGUUCAAUGGGAGUGUGGCGGUGGAGGUGCGGUCGGGGCCCACCUCGUGUGUGGCUGUGGUGGUGAACGGCGUGGCUUCAGGUGACAACUGCGCUGCUGCUGACCACAUGACCGGCCUCACAGGCGAUCAGGUCGGUUCAGUGCGUGUGGCGGUGGAGGUGCGGUCGGGGCCCACCUCGUGUGUGGCUGUGGUGGUGAACGGCGUGGCUUCAGGCGACAACUGCGCUGCUGCCGACCACAUGACCGGCCUCACGGGCGAUCAGGUCUGCGGUGAAGUGCGGUUCAAUGGGAGUGUGGCGGUGGAGGUGCGGUCGGGGCCCACCUCGUGUGUGGCUGUGGUGGUGAACGGCGUGGCUUCAGGCGACAACUGCGCUGCUGCCGACCACAUGACCGGCCUCACGGGCGAUCAGGUCGUUUCAGUGCGUGUGGCGGUGGAGGUGCGGUCGGGGCCCACCUCGUGUGUGGCUGUGGUGGUGAACGGCGUGGCUUCAGGCGACAACUGCGCUGCUGCCGACCACAUGACCGGCCUCACGGGCGAUCAGGUCAAAAUAGCACUGAGCGAGAGGCAGCACGCGUGGGUGGCAUACGACGGCACAUCCCAGUCAUUGGAGGUCUAUCUGGGUGGCAGCGACGGCUUAAAGCCCGAGGAGCCGGUGCUGCGGGCGUCGCUUGAUCUUGUGGCAGUCAUUGGUGCCACGUCAGCGUCUGUGGGAUUCACAGCUGGCACGUGGUGGUGGGGAUGUGGCGACACAGACGACCACCACCUCAUCCACUCCUUCUCCUUCAACACCGUGUCCCCUGGGUUCUUGCCAGCAGCGCAGCCAACACAGGCGCCCACCUGCGAAACCACCGCCUCCUCUCUGCACUGCACUGGGUUCGCCGGCUCCACCCCCUUUGAUCUCAACGGCUACGCCCAGCUGGGCCCGGCGCCGCACUUCCCGCUGUGGCUCGACUCGUACGAUUCUGUCGGCUCUGCGCUCUCCCUCGCGCCCCUCUCUCUCCUCACCGCCUCCGCCCGCUCCUCCGCCUUUGAAGCCGCCUUCUCCUUCACCUUCCUUGCUGAUGCGUGCGCUGCUAAUGUGAGCGUGGGCCGCGGCUUUGCCUUUGUUCUCACUAGCGGCGCUACAACUGCCCUUGGGAAGGCAAAUGCAAGCUCCGUCGGAUAUGGCUCAGCCAAUGGGACGUUCGCCAGGAGUGUGGCAGUGGAGUUCCGCCUGUGCCCUGUACCCUGUAUAGCUGUCUCCUCUAAGGGAGUUGUGGCGGGAGACGGCUGCGCUAACGCUGAGUAUGGCGUGACACUUUCAGAUCCAGAGGCCUUCCCUCUCAACACACAGCAGCACGCUUGGAUGACCUACCACGGGCCUUCCCAGACGCUCAGCGUGUUCCUCGGAGGAGCUUCCUCUGCUUCUGCCACUUAUUCUGAUUCGUCAUCAGCUUCCUCCACUUCCUCCACUUCCUCCUCCACGUCACCGCCGGUCAAGCCAGCUGUACCAGUGCUCACUGCCCACGUGGACAUCCCAGCCAUCCUCGGCGCCACGUCAGCGUCGGUCGGAUUCACAGCUGGCACGUGGUGGUGGCAGUGGGGGGCGAACGAGCGCCACAUCAUUCACGACCUGGCGUUCGUGGGAGAUCACGGCCUCUCGCCCCGCUGUGAGUCACACGGCACAGUGUCUUUUGAGUCGACUCAAAAGACACUUCUGGGGCUCCAAGGACGCCUGUUUCUCGGCACCAAAGUGCGAGCACACGUGUACGUGUCCAACAUGGGGGAUCGCCCCAUGGGUGUUGGAUCACCUACCCAUGACUGUCUUGCUGACCUUAUUCCCCUGAAUCGCCCCCCCCUUCUUCCCCUCCCGUCUUUGCAGGUGCGGGCACAUGUGUACGUGUCCAACAUGGAGGAUCGACCCAUGGCUGACGUGGCAGUGACAGCACGCAUCACCUACCCCAACGACACCGACGCCUCCCACUGCUUCGUCUUCAGCGACCCGCUGCUGCAGGGGAUUGACGACGUCAGCGGUGCAGGUACCAUCCUGUCAAAUGCUUUUGCCAGCAUCGAUUGGCUGUUUCUGCCACUUGACUGCGCCGCCUCAGCUGCUCCCACGAAUUUCCAGCUGGGCGGCAGUCUUCAGUACACACUGCGAGACCCGUCAGCAUCUGUGAUACCAACGCCAUCACUUUCUGCUGCUGCUGAAGGCACAUCAGCGCCACCACCAUCAUCACCACCAGCAUCAGCACCUGCAACAGCACCAGCGCCAGCAGAGGCGGUGCCAGCAGAGGCGGUGCCAGCAGAGGCGGUGCCAGCAGAGGCGGUGCCAGCAGAGGCGGUGCCAGCAGAGGCGGUGCCAGCAGAGGCGGUGCCAGCAGAGGCGGUGCCAGCAGAGGCGGUGCGAGAGCUGGUGGAGGUGACGAGUGUGCGAGUGACGGUGGCCCCUCCUCCCGCGCUGCAAGUGCAUUACUUUGUGCCCCGGCACGUGCAAGGAGACGACCUCACCACUCCUCAGGUGGAGGCACCGGUGCCAGUCACGCUUGGAGCACUCUUUUACAACGCCGGCCACGGCACAGCUGCUGCUAUCACCACACAGUCACUGCUGCCCACUGCUUCCACCACCACCACCACCACUGCUGUCGGCACCACCACUGCUGCAAGGAUCACCACCGCUGCUGACGUGGGCGCUACAACCACAAGUAACGGCGGGACCACAACGGGUGACACGAGCAGUGCCGCCAUGAGUUUCAACAUCACCAAGACAGUGCUGGGCAAUGAGCCGCAGCCGACAUCCUUCUCCGUGAAGGUGGGAAGCAUCCCUCCUUCCGCUACAGCCAUGGUGCGCUGGACCAUAGAAUCCAGCCUUACAGGCACAUUCGAUACAGUCACCACCACCACCACCACCACCACCUCCUCCUCCCCGCUCACCGGCCUCUCCCCCAUUCUCGAGUCGGUUGACAUUCACAACCUCGUGCACGUCGUCUACCUACCCGACUCUGCUUCAGACGACGGGCUGCCGGAUUUCCUGGUGGACGAUGAUGGGGACGAGCAGCCGGAGGCCAUCUACAGCAGCGCUGGUAACCGCGUGCUGCCUGUAACCGCCGUGCCCUCUGCUGCUCUCACGCUCGGCCGCCCGCUCUUCACCAGCGAGACGCGCGCCAAGCUCACUGUCGCUGUAGACUGGUCUGCCCUCGCACCAGCAGCAGCAGGGGGGUGGGCGCACAUGUCAUUUGCAUCGCAGCUGCCGUCGCACUGCUGGAAUCUCACCGCUGCUCUCCGAUCCAACGGCUCUCAGCUGCCCGUGCCCUUCAACACCUGGUCCUCCUUCUCCUCCUCCCCCGCUGCUCCCACUGCUACCGCUGCUGCCCCUGCCCCUGCCACUUCAACCACCACUGCCCCUGCUUCUUCCACCCCUGCUUCUUCCACCCCUGCUUCUCCUGCUUCUGACACCACUCACAUUCUCGACUUUGUCUCCUCUCCCUCCUACACUCUCUUCUUCUCUUACUAUGAUCAGACCCUCUCCUUCCCCCACCUCUCCCCCUGCUUCCAGGCUGUCAUGCCUCCCCCUCCCUCCCCCCCCCAACCCUCCCCCUUCCCCUCCCCCUCGCCCACCCCCCCGCCCCCCUCCAAACCCUCCAAGGCCUCCCCCAAAACCCUCGCCUCCCCCCCGCCCACCCCCAAGUCCCCCCAGGCCCCCAUCUCCCCUACCCCGACCUCCCCCGAAUCCCCCCAAGCCUCCCCCUCCGCCUUCCCCUCCCCCACGCCCUCCCCCUCGCCCUCCUUCCCCCCCUCCCAAGACUUCAACCACUGGGACCGCGACAGAGACGGCUCCUGCAGCAAGUCCGGCGGCUGCACCGGCAGCGGCAGCGGCAGCCGCCAGAAAACUGGCACUGGCCAGCAGGGCGACGGCUCCUGCAGCAAAUCCGGCGGCUGCACAGGCAGCGGCGGCGGCGGCCGGCAGGGCAGCAGCCGGCAGGGCGGAAGCGGCGCAGGCGGGCGCGGAGGCGGAGCGGGACGAACGGGGAGCGGCGCUGGCGCGGGUGCGGGUCGCGGCGGGCAGCUGGGCGGGAGCAACAGCGCUGGCAAGGUGCGACAAGGCAAGAAGGGCGGCGGAAACUGCAGCGGCAGCGUGUCCGGCUCGUGCAACGGCGGGGGCGGAGGGUCGGGGAGAAACGCGGCGGCGGCGAGCAUUCAGAGUGCGGGGUACGUGGUGGCGGACAACCGGGAGAGGGAUCGCAAGAGGGACGGGUCUGGCGACCAGGACCGCGACCGCGACCGCAAGCGCGACGGCUCCGGCUCCUCUGGUUCCUCCUCGUGCUCGCGAUCUGGCGGCUGCACUGGCAGCGGCAGCGGUGCUGGUCGGCAGGGUUCGGAGCAGCAGCAGAGCCGCGGUCGUGGCGCAGGUGCAGGCGGAGCGGGCAGCAUGAGUGGAGGGGGCGGGCGGCAGGGAGCGGCUGGACGCACGGGCGCGGGCGCAGGGAAGGGGGCUGGCGCGGGGUUGAGGGGGAGCGGUGGGGGAGGCGGGAACUGCAACGGAAGUGGGUCUGGGUCUGGAAACUGCAAUGGGAGUGGUGCGGGCAGGAAAGGGAGUGGUGGGGGAGGUGGUGGGAACUGCAAUGGAAGCGGGUCUGGAAACUGCAAUGGGAGUGGUGCAGGCAGGAAGGGAGGGAGGAAGGGGGGACGCGGGGACAAUGACGACAAUGACGGCGAUGACUAG